AUGGCCGAUUUUCUCCUACACGAAGGCCCCAUGGGCUAUUCUAUCUUCAAAGUGGUCCACCAGGCUGACACAGUCGGCAAUCGUCUGAAAGAGGUUCAAGAUAGCGUCCAAGAUCUCGCACGAUUUGGCAAAAUGGUCGAUCUCGUCAGCUUCUUACCAUUCGAGAGCGGGAAGCAGGCACUUUCAGAGUUAAACGAUAUUUCCGAAGGCAUCGCAUCUGACUUUCUCAAGUCUUUCCUCGAACUGAACCUGCCGAAAGCCGGGAAGAAGAACAAAGUAACCUUGGGCGUUUCCGACAAGAUUCUUGCUGCAAGCAUCAAGACAGCCUUCUCAAACAUUGAGUGCGAGACUGGAGACACAAGCGAGGUUGUUCAGGACAUGCUUCGGGGAAUCAGGCUACAUUCCGAGAAACUGCUCAAACAACUCCGGGAAGGAGAUACAAACACCGCACAGCUUGGUCUGGGUCAUGCGUACUCCCGCGCCAAAGUCAAGUUCUCCGUGCAAAAAAAUGACAAUCAUAUUAUCCAAGCCAUCGCAAUACUUGACCAGCUGGAUAAAGCUAUCAACACCUUCUCUAUGCGCGUCCGCGAAUGGUAUUCCUGGCACUUCCCAGAACUCAUCAAGAUCGUCUCAGACAACCACAAGUAUGCCAUGGUAGCACUAUUUGUCAAGGAUAAGAAGACCUUAUCUGAUGGAAGCCUUCAUGACCUUGCCGCCGUGGUGGACGACGAUGAGGAAAUCUCGAAGAGCAUUAUCGAUGCAGCUAAAACAAGCAUGGGUCAAGAAAUUUCGGCUUCGGACAUGGAGAAUGUGACGUUGUUCGCGGAACGAGUGGUCAGCCUUGCCAACUACCGGAAGACGCUGCACAGCUACCUUGUCUCUAAGAUGGGCGUGGUUGCCCCGAAUCUGGCUGCCCUGAUUGGCGAAAUUGUGGGAGCGCGCUUGAUUUCUCAUGCGGGCAGUCUGACCAACUUGUCAAAAUAUCCCGCUUCUACUGUUCAGAUUCUGGGAGCGGAGAAGGCUCUGUUCAGGGCAUUGAAGACCAAAGGAAACACGCCCAAGUAUGGUUUGUUAUAUCAUUCCUCGUUUAUUGGAAGAGCUGGGCAGAAAAACAAAGGGAGAAUAUCACGGUUUCUCGCAAAUAAAUGCUCGAUCGCCUCUAGGAUCGACAAUUUCUCGGAGACUCCAUCUACAAUCUUUGGACAAGCACUCAAGAAGCAAGUGGAAGAACGACUAGAAUUUUAUUCAUCGGGGGCGCAGCCCACCAAGAAUGAGGCAGCUAUGAAAGAUGCCAUGGAAAAAGUUCUUGCAGAAAUGGAAGUCGACAAUCCCACUAAAACUGCCACCGAUGGAGACGCCUUUGAUGAGGAGUCAACGGCAGUGCGGAAGUCGGAUAGCGCAAAGAAGGACAGGAAGAAGGAGAAGAAGGAUAGCAAAGACAAAUCCGCAAAUCCAGAAGACACGGGCAAGAAGGAUAAGAAGGAAAAGAAGCGAAAAGCAACCGAGUUGGACGGUGAGGGAGGCGGCAAAAAGAAGAAGAAAUCAAAAUCCAAGGAAUAG